AUGGCGACCUCGAGUUUCAACGCAUUUCUUGAGAUCGAGAGCACAUCUCGAAUCACCAGUCCGCCACCAGCAGUUCGCAGCAACAAGCAAAGCACCACGCCCCAGUCCGACUACGAGCUGAAAGACAUUCGGCCAGUCAAGACCGCAUCCUAUCAAACUGACAAUGGGACGCGUCUCCCCUCACCUACUCCAAGCGAACUGGAACAACACAUCGCACCCAACAUCCAACCAAACCCAACAGAAUGGGCCCCAGACCGGACAGCAAGCACCUGGAAAACCAAAUGGCGACUCCUAAGCGUUUGCCUCAUGAGUCUAGGAAAUGGCAUGAACGAUAGCGCCCCAGGAGCCCUAAUCCCCUACAUCGAAAAACACUACUCAAUCGGAUACGCAAUUGUCUCCCUAAUCUUCGUAACAAACGCCUUCGGCUUCAUCCUAGCAGCGCCAUUCACGCACUCCAUUGAAGCCAAAUUCGGUCGCGCCAAGAGCUACGCUCUAGCCCUGGCAUUGCAAAUCGCGGGCUAUAUCGUGAUCGUCUGCGAACCGCCCUUCCCCGUCGUGGUGGCUUGUUUCUUCUUCCUGGGAUUCGGGAUGGCACUGAGCCUCGCCUUGAGCAAUGUUUACUGUGCCAACCUGGCUGAUGCAACGACUGCGCUGGGCUUCUUCACGGGCUCUUAUGGUAUUGGCGGUAUUGUUGCGCCGUUAUUUGCUACUGCGAUGGUUUCGGCAGGAAUUCGGUGGUCGGUCUUCUAUGCCAUUACAUUGGCUGUGGCGGCUGUCAAUCUGCUAUUUGCCAUGUGGGCAUUCUGGAAAUUCGAAGAUGACGCCUCGGCCGAAGCGCAGAUGGCCCUGCGUGCUGGUAAUAUCACUUCUUCGGAAACAGAGCCUCUAUCCCGAACAGCGGUACUGAAGAAAUCUCUGCGCAACCGUACAACCCUCCUGGGCGCGCUUUUCAUAUUCGCCUAUCAAGGCGCUGAAGUCUCCGUCUCGGGCUGGGUUGUCUCGUUUCUAAUCAGCUACCGAAACGGCGAUCCCACACGGGUCGGGUAUGUCAGUUCGGGAUUCUGGGCGGGCAUCACAGCAGGCCGAUUCCUACUGACACAUCCGGCCUCGAAGCUUGGCGAGAAGAUUGCUGUUGUGGGCAUGAUAGCUGGAGCUGUGGCGUUCCAGCUGCUUACAUGGCUGAUUCCGAAUGUUAUUGGUGAGGCUGUCUCCGUUGCUGUUCUUGGUUUGUUGCUUGGCGCGGUUUAUCCUUGUGCGACUUCUGUCUUCACAAAGCUCAUUCCGAGGAAUAUGCAUAUGUCUAGUUUGAGCUUUGUUAGUGCGCUUGGGAGCAGUGGUGGUGCUGUUUCGCCUUUCUUUACCGGUAUCCUUGCCCAGAAUGUUGGUACUAUGGUUCUGCACCCGAUUUGCAUCGGCCUUUAUGGGGUUAUGGCUAUGAGUUGGCUACUUUUGCCGAAGGUUGUAAAGAGGACUGAGUGA